UUUGUCAGGCUUAAAUUCAAUCAGGAUUUCUGUAUAUUCCAUCUGGCCCAAUCACUGAACCUCACACACUUUCUUUUUUUAGAUGGAUUUUCAUCAUCAGCCACAGAAAACACAUAGGUUGAGGAAAAUCAUUCAGAUCUAGACAUGACUGGCAGAGGAAAAUUUUGAAUCAUGAAAUUUUCACCCAAGGCACAAAUUGCCUUCCAUGAUCUUCGUGAAGGGAGGAAUCCCCAGCAUGAACCUAUCCUGUCCGGGGGUCACCAGGGCUUUCCCCCUAUAGUGGUUUGUUGGAUCGCAGCGCAGGCAGAGGAGUCGCCAAAGAUCCUCACACUCAGUAAAGUGAUGAAUGAACUCAACAAGAUCAACCAUGGAAUGAUAAAGGACAAAAGCAUACGUUUGAACUCACCCACCAUCAACGAUUUGAAGGACUGCUGUGUUGCAUCUGCUCUGGAAUGUUUUCGGUCCCAAGUGCUUGACCUGUCAGUCACUGAUGCCAAACUAAAGCGGUCACAGAAGAUCGUCUUCAACGAGCUUCGCAAAUCACUCAUUGUGAACAGUGUGUCCACUUGCAAACCUGAAGAGAUACAGACAUCUCAGUGCAAAUCAUGUGACUCGUACAACAAGGUUGACAGCCCAAUAUUCGUGCAGAAUUUUCUAACUCUUCUGCAAAAGAUCUAUGCCAGUCAAGCAUAGAGAUGAAAGAUUGAAGAGACUGUGUGUAUAACACUACCUGACCAACCCACAGCAGAGAAGAGGUUCACACGCUCCGCUGCUCCUGCUGUCCUAUUUAUUGAUUAUUUAUUGAAAGUUUUCUUGUUUGUUUUAAGUAGAAGAUCUGUUAAAGUAAUCUCCACGUUUCUAGGUACAGGGCAACAGCUAUCCGUUAUUAAUCCCAUGUAUUUGUUUUGUUAUACCGCCACCUUGUGGUGAGAGGCCAGCACUGCCGCCUUCAUAACAGCCCCGUUCCUGGAAAGAAGGGUGGUUUCCCUGAUGAAGAUGAAUCCUUAUGCAACAACACAAGGCUUUUCGAAUAGAUUUUUAACUUUAUUAAGUACGCUAGGAAUUUUAUUCUUAAUCUUUGUCAGGAAAACCACUCAUUCAGAUGAAAUGUUACCAAUGUAUUUUUAAAAAGCAGAUACACUUAUAUGUCUCACAGUGAGAUGCAUAUUUUUUGGAUGAUAUUUAUUUGACAUUAAAAUAUUUCUUUAUGUAAA